AUGGAGUUAAAAUGGCAGAUUUUCAGAAUAAUCUUGACCAUUAUACUCUGCAGUACUGUCUGGAUUUCCCAAGCUACUUCUCGGGCAAUCCAGGGAGCUUCCAUGGCGGAAAGGCACGAGCAGUGGAUGGCGAUCUAUGGGCGCCAAUACCAAAGCGUUGCAGAGAAGGAGAAGCGUUACAGAAUCUUCAAGUCUAAUGUUGAGUUCAUCGACAUGGUCAAUGGUGCUGGAAACAGGCCGUACACGCUUGGAAUCAAUGGAUUUGCCGACUUGACUAACGAUGAGUUCCGGGCAGCUUACAUCGGAGCCUUGAAACCUUCUGCAACUAAGUCAUCGGAAAUGAACACAUUCAGAUACGAGACCUCCGGUGCAAUUCCUCCUAGCAUUGAUUGGAGAAAGAAAGGUGCUGUUACACCUAUACGAGGUGCUGAAUGUGGAGCAUGGACAUUUCCGGCGGUUGAUACAGUGGAAGGCAUAACAAAGAUCAAGACCGGAAAACUAUACACACUCUCGGUACAGGAAAUAGUGGACUGCAUCAAUGGCUGCAGCAAUGGUUGCAAUGGAGGAUUCACAAUUGAGGCUUUUGAAUUCAUCAAAGACCAUGGUCUCACCACUGAAUCCAACUAUCCUUCUACUGGAACCAACGGCACCUGCAACGCCAAAAAGGAAGCACAACCCGUGGCAAAAAUCAGCGGCUACGAGAGCGUGCCGGCCGGGGAAAACGCUCUGAUGAAGGCCGUGGCUAAGCAGCCCGUGGCGGUUUAUGUGGACGCUUCGAGGGCGGAGUUCCAGUUCUACGCAGGGGGUGUGUUCUCGGGGGAUUGUGGGACGACGCUGGAUCAUGGUGGGACUGUGGUUGGGUAUGGAGUGAGCCAUGAUAAGCAGGAGUAUUGGAUAUUAAAGAAUUCAUGGGGCACGAGGUGGGGGGAGAAAGGGUACAUGAGGUUGGCUAGAGGGAUAAAUAAAGAAGGGGGGCAGUGUGGAGUGGCCAUGGAAGCAACAUACCCUGUUGUUUAG